GACCUGUUUUAUAAUACACUGUUCACUCUACCAAAAGACAUAAGUGGUAAGCAGAUCAUUUUUGUCGGUAUGUUAUGUUGACAGACUAAAUGGAUGUAAUAUGUGCACUAGUACAAUAGUCGUGUAUUCAAAGUAUUCAAAUUAAGCAAUUUUUUUACGUGUUUUCGAAAAGGUGUUUUUUAAGAAGUGGUUUUUUUUUAAUAUCUGUGACUGAUUUAUGGAUGUGAGAUAAAUUUAAACACAAAACUUUUUUAUCUUGAUCAAAGAUAUUUAUUCAGGAUGUGUUUAACAGACUCUAAUAAUCAUUUUAAAUGAAGUAAAAAAAAAGAUUUUGAUCCUAAUUAACCAACUUUAUAUACAGAUGGUUUGUAGAGGAGCUAUUUUAUUUUUCCGUUCAUAAAUUUGGAGAAUAUAUUUUAUGAUAGAAGAACAGUUUGAAUCGUCUAGAAUUGUUUAUAUUGGAAUAAUCGCUAGUUUCUAAAUUUUGUAUUACAAUGUGAAACAUAAAAAAAGUAAUUAUGUUUCCAAAAGUGGAUUGGGAUUAAUUGCACCUUUACAAUCUUAAUUAAAGAAAUCUUGCGGUCCAUGCAGUGAAAUGGAAAUGUGGACAAGAAAUAGACAUCCAGAAUGACAUUUUGGAGGAUCGUAUUCCAAUUUGUUGUUAUAACAACAGUGUAUGCCACUACAACAGAAGUUAACCCAUCAUUCCCUAAAGAGUUUGAUUUCCGUUUUACCAGUUAUGAAGAUUUACUCAAAGACAAUGAUACAUUUAAGACAUUCCAACAUGAAGAUCUUACAGGAUUCGUACAGCUGACAGUAGAUCUACCCAGAAACCAGCUCAUUGUUGGAUCAAGAGAUAUCUUGUUACGACUUGACCUAGAUGACCUUGAGACCUUGGAGAAAACAGAAUGGAAGUCAAAUGAAGAAAAUACACAAUUGUGUUUGUUUAAGGGACAGACAGAGGAAACUUGCCACAACUUUAUAAGAGUUGUUUUUGUUCAUGGAGACUCCUUGUUUACAUGUGGGACCUAUGCAUUUAAACCUAAAUGUAUCUGGAGAAGUGCAGAAAACUUGACCGUGAUAGAGCAAGAUGAAUUCCAUGCAGUGGGCUAUUGUCCGUUUACCCCAGACCACAAUUCCACAGCAAUCUUGACAAAGGAUAAAAUGUACUAUAGUGGCACAGUGUUAGAUAUACAAGGCAGAGAUAAAGCUAUUUAUAGACCAAUGGGGAGCAGACCUUUAAGGACAAAACAAUAUAACUCUAAAUGGUUAAAUGAUCCAGAUUUUGUCUCAGCUUAUGAGGUUGAUGAUCACAUCUACUUUUUCUACAGGGAAGUUGCUGUUGAAUAUAUCAAUUGUGGAAAGAGAAUCUAUUCCCGUGUGGCAAGAGUUUGUAAGAGUGAUAAAGGAGGAGAUUUGUUAUUUGAAGACAAUUGGACCACAUUCAAUAAGGCCAGGAUGAAUUGUUCUAUACCAGGGAAAUAUCCAUUUUAUUUUGACCAAAUACAGAGUACCUAUUUUCUAGAAUCUGGAACUGAAAAAUAUUUCUUUGCAAUUUUCACUACAUCAGAAAAUAGUAUAGCAGGAUCAGCUGUGUGUAUAUACAACAUGACAUCAUUUACUAAUGUAUUUGAUGGGGCUUACAAAUACCAGGAGAAUGUGAGAUCUGCCUGGAUGAGAGACACUAGUGAAAAACCUUUAUCGUGUCCAGAUGAUAGCGGUACUGAUAAAAGGUCACCUGAUGAUCCGGGAUUACGCAAGUCUUCACUACAGAUAAUGCAAGCACAGAAAUACCAAUUGAUGGAUGAUGCCAUACAACCUCACACUCUAGAUCCACUUGUGUUUGGGCAAAAUGAAAGGUGGACACAUUUAGUUGUUGACAGUGUCAAGGGCAAAGGCCAACAAUACCAUGUGAUCUUCUUGGCUACUGUUGAUGGUUAUAUAAGGAAAAUGGCAUAUUUACCUCAGCUUAACUCGUCCUGUCUCAUAGAAGAACAUAAGAUUGUACCUAAUGGGGAUCAUAAACCUGUCAAAAAUUUGAGGAUAUCAGAAGAUAAGGGUGCAGUGUAUGUAACAGUGACUGGGAAAAUCAUAAAGAUACCAGUACAAAGGUGUGACAGAUUUACUGAUCAAGAUCUGUGUAAAAAUUCCAUGGAUCCAUACUGUGGUUGGAACAAGGCUUCCAGUAAAUGUACAACUGCUCCAGAUAAUGACCCCUCCAUACACUACUGGAUGCAAGACAUCAUAUCCUGUCCAAUAGUGGAACAUCCUAUAGAUGGGAUGUGGUCAGAAUGGUCAUCCUGGGAAACAUGCCAGCAGACGGUUCCAGAUCCUUCAGCAGGAGAUUGCCUUUGUAGAACAAGAUCAUGUGACAAUCCUAAACCUGCUUUUGGCGGGAAAUCCUGUGUAGGAUCAGUGGUUGAAGUUACCAAUUGUACAGCACAUGGCCAGUGGACAGCUUGGACUGCUUGGUCUAAGUGUUCUAUAACCUGUGGACACAAUGGAACAAGAUCUCGGAACCGUUACUGUAGUAAUCCUCCUCCUAGAUAUAUGGGCAGAGAUUGUAUAGGGUCUGACAGAGAUGAGGGUUAUUGUCCAGGUAACCCUAGUUGUCCAGAACCACCUGUUGAUGGUAGAUGGACAGUUUGGUCACCAUGGGGUGACUGUACAGCUGAUUGUAAUGGUGGAAUACAAACACGGAUACGUCGGUGUAGUCAACCACCACCCUCCCCCAAGGGAAGACCUUGUGAGGGUAAUACUCAAGAAUGGAGGAUGUGCAAUACUCUUCAUUGUCAAGAAUUAGAAAAAUAUGCACCAUGGACCAAUUGGAUCAAAACAAAUUCAACUUCCAGUGGACAUUUUGAACAAAGAUUCCGUUAUAUGUGUAAAGCAAAUGUUCCCGAUGUCAGUAUGAUAAAAACAAGUUAUGUGAAAACUCAUACAAGAUUUUGUUUUAAAAAUGAUGGGACGUGUCACAAAGCAGAAAUAGCAAGGAACAUAACAAAAGAUGGUGUAUGGUCGUCUUGGCAACCAUGGUUAGACUGUUCUAAAGAUUGUGGAGAAGGAACUCAACACAGGAAGAGAUCAUGUGAUAAUCCUCAGCCAAUGGGUUUGGGAGUAGACUGCUCAGGUCAUGACGUAGAAGCUAGACAAUGUAACAUACAUUCUUGCCAAGGUGUAUGGGGAUGUUGGUCAGAAUAUUCUGUAUGUUCAGCUACAUGUGGACAUGGAAGUCAUGUUAGGGUGAGAAGAUGUGACAGUUCUGUUCAAGGAACGAAAUUUAUUAAACCGUGCAUAGGACAUGACACUGAUUACAAGCCAUGCACAACUCCCCUUUGUAAUGUAUCAGCUGGUUGGCAUCUUUGGUCUGAAUGGACAGUGUGUGGUGUAGAAGAUUUACAAUAUCGACACAGACAGUGUCAAAUGACAGAUCCCUCAAAUGAGGAAUGUCAAGGUCAUAGAAUAGAGAAUAGAAAUUGUGAAUAUGUACCUUUCAGAAUUGGUGUAGCACGUGUUAAAGAACAAGAAGAGACGGAGAAAAGUUACUCUUUGUUAAACCUGAUUGUUGUUGCAUCAGGGUCUUUUAUAUUUGGUAUUAUGUUGACUAUUGGGUUAUAUUUAUGUGUUAAAAGUUGUCGCAGCUUUAGAAAAUUUGAUUUAGAAAAAGAAAGAAAGAAAAAUGAACAGCUCAAUAAUGGAAAAAGGAAAUCAAUGUCAUCACAGCUUAGUUUAGAUUUUUUGACAGUGAAUAACAAAGUGUUUGAUGUAAGCUCUUUGCAGAUCUCAAAACAAGAUAAAUUUGUAUCAAGUAAGAAUUCAUUGAACUCUUUAAAGAGAAAGGAAGCAAUGCAUUCAGAUUUGCAGUUUAUUGACGGGUAAUAUUUACAAUCAUUGAUCAUGUGAUUCUCAUUUUACUUUGCACGGUUUGUUUAAUUCAUAUUCUAUAUUUAGGAAGGGGUUUUCCUUAUGAGAAGUGUAAACAUCUGAAAAGAUUUAUUUUUUUCAAUGUAUUGUUAUACAAUUACUGCAGAAAUUUUCAGAACCAAUAAUAGUAAAGAGAACAGGAAUUACUUAGAUUUAAACAACUAUUGGUCAUUGUUUGGUCUCAAUCAAUGUAUACAACCAAUACUAUAUAAUCAGGCAAAAUGGGGAUUUUUUUUUUACUACAAAACAGGCAUUUCUUCCUAUAUAUUAAUGAUCAAAUAGAUGAGUGCUUAGUUUAUUUCAUGUAGUCACACUAAAAAACAUGUGGUAAAUAUAUUUAUGUUUUUCAUUUUACUUGUAAUUUGUUUAAUAUUCUCAUGAUAUUUUUAAAUAACUUGACCAAACAGUUGAUAAAGAUUAAAAGACAAUGAGAGCACAUCUUUUAACCAAGUCUGAAAACAUGCAGAUUAUGAAAAUCUUUUUGAACAAAUUAAGAAUAUCAAUAGGCUUAUUGAUAUGAAUAAAAUGGUUAUUCUGAUGACUGUUACUAAAAAUAGAAUUAUUUACAUAUGAACCACCCUGGUUGACAGAAUAUGUAAAAUACAGCAGUAAGUUGUUUGAAAUGGAAUUCUUGUCAUAACAGAGGGGAUUUCAACAAUAUGUCUUCUAAUUUUGUGCCUUUGUCUUGGACCAGAUUAAGUGAUUUGUCAUUGGUUAUGUAACAUUUAUGUAUAUAAGAAAAAAAUAUUUAUGAUUUUAGUUUUUUAAUAAUAUUGUGUAUAUUAUUUUUGGAUUUAUAAGAUUUGCUGUACUUUUAUUUAAUAUUUAAUUUAACAUUUGUUUAUAGUGGAUUGGGAAACAAGUUUUGCAACUUAUAUUAACCUUUUUCCACUUUGCGGGUGGGAGCGCUGCCUUGUAGCGGCAUUAGCCUGCUCUUUUUCGAAAUCUACAAGGGUGUCUUUAACGUGCAAGAGAUAUGGCUCUGUCUUAACACGGGUCAGCCAUUUAUCGUCCCUUUCCAACCGACUAUCAUCAUUUCCUCAAGACCAUACUGGCAAAUGGUGUCAAGAGACAGCCGAAAAUUCAGUCCCUUAAAUUUUCAUCCAGGAACAGAAUUCUAACCUGGAACCUCUGUGUUAGUAGUGUUAGUUAGAUGCACUAAACUCUACACCAAGGCUUUCUAAUAUCUAAUAGUCUGAUAAUCAUUUACUGUAAGCCAUGAAAAGAUUUAAAUACCAUAGCACACAGUACACAAUACAUGUAAUAACUAACUACUUUUAAGAAUUCAAUCAACAGGUCAAAAUGAUUCUUGUUGCAUAAUUUUUUUUAAAUCAGAAUCAUGCCUAGACUUGCUUACAACAUGAAUAUCAGGAAACAUCUAUUUCAAAAGUAUUAUGAAUUAUUUUCAUAUAAAAAUGAUAUGUUCUUAUUAUUCUGGCUACUAAGGAGUUAUUGCACUUUAUAGUCAAUUUUUAACCAUUUCUCGUAAAUCUUAGUAAUCUUUUAGAAAAAUCUUCUCCUCUGAAACUACUGGGACAAAUUAAAACAAACUUGGCCACUAUCAUCAUUGGAGUAUUUAGUUUAAAAAUUGUGUCCUGUAACCCAGCAUACCAACCAAGAUGGCCCCCACAGCUAAAAACAUAG